AUGAGGGUAUGCCGAGCGGCUGAGGCGGAGAGGCGUGCACAGGCUCUCGGCUCGAUUCCGUCUCUAGUGGAGACCGACACGCAGGAGCGAUUGACGCCGCGGGAAUUUGGGGACGAGGCGUGGGCUGGGGUUACGUCAUGGGAAUGGGAAACAUUUUUCAGUGUGGAGGCGGUUGGAGGGAGGACAGUUUGCCGGAUCCCACAGCGGGCCAGGUCGGGGGUCUUAGACGCGCUCUGUUGCAUCCUUGAACGCUUGAAGAGCCAGCCGGGAGAUGAAGCCGCUACCCUCCUACUCUUGGCGUUUCCGCGCCUCAUCCUAGCCAUGCCUCCCAAGCCAGGCAUAGGUCAUAAGGCGCUGAUCACAGAGCGGUUGGGUGCGUUCUGGGAGGGGAGCUGGCGGGAGCUGUUCGACUCUGCCAUGGCGGCAGCGCGGCCAGCAGUUCGCCCACUUUCCUACACUCGCUCUGACCAGGACCCGGAUGCCAUCCGCCUGUCACGGUGCCGAUCUCGGUGCAAAGUGGGGGAGUGGUGCCGAGGAUUGGCCUGCCUUACAGUAGGGGAGUUGGCUCGACCGUCUGAGGUCAUGGUGCAGUCGCUGCGAGAGAAGCACCCGGCUAGCGCAGGCAAGGUACCACAGUGGGUCCGCGAUUUCACCAUCGAUACCGCUCAGCGGCCUUCACUCACGACCGACAUCCUGGCCAGAGCUAUCCAUACAGCCGCUCGAGCCUCAGCAGCAGGGCCAUCGGGGUGGGUCACAGAGCAUCUGCGCGACACCUUCCUCACUGAACCUACCUGCCUUUCCCACCUGUUGGAAGUGUUCAACCAAUGGGUGGCGGGACAGGUCCCCGAGCGGGCUCGGCCGUGGCUCGCCGCAUCCAACCUAGUCGGGCUUUCCAAGCCUAACGGCGACGUCCGGCCGGUGGCGAUCGGGGAGGUGCUUCCUCGUAUCCUUGCUCGUGCUCUCUGCAUCUCGCUCCGCCCUGCGAUGGUUUCCUACUUCCUGCCGUGCAACCAGCUGGGAGCGGGCACGAGGGUCGGGGCGGAGAUUCUCACUCAUUCUUUCCGGUCAACGUUGGCCACUCACCCCGACUGGUGUGCGCUACAGAUAGACGUCGCAAACGCCUUCAAUUCGUUUCACCGUCAUGUGAUGUUUGAUGGGCUGCGAGAGUCGCCUUUCUCAGAGAUGAUCCCAUUCUUGCGUGUCUUUUAUGGGACACCUAGCGACCUGUACCUCCGAGCAGGCCCUUUUGUACAGAGCCUCGAGUCAGCACGGGGAUCGAGGCAAGGGGACCCGCUCGGCCCUUUUCUUUUCGCAUUCACGCAGCAGCAGGUGAUGGAGCCGGUUACUAGGGAGUUCAAGGGCCUGCUUUUUCUCAGCUAUGCAGACGAUACCUAUAUUUUGGGGCCAGCGACUAGGAUUCUGGAGGCUUUUGGGGUGCUGCGGGAGCGGUUGGAGUGGGUGGGGCUGGAGGUGCAGGCGCACAAGUGCCGGUUUUGGGAGCGCGAGGGCAAGGAGGUGGAGCGGGCACUGCCAUUGGGGAUGCAGCGGGUGGAUGAGGGGCUUACUGUGGUGGGCGUGCCUAUUGGAGAGGAGGUUUGGGAGGCGGUCCGGCUACGGGAGCGGCUUCGACAGUUGGCGCCACUGCCAUGGCUCCCCUUGCUCGACCACCCCCAGAUGGCUUCACACCUCCUCGCUAUUGCAGUUUCAGCGCGGCCGAUGUACCUCGCCCGGACUAUGCCGCCGCGUCCGGAGGUGGUUGAGGCUUUUAGGGACUGGGACAGCUGUUUAGAUGAUUGCUUUGAGCGGCUUUUCCCACCUGGCACUUGGGAGCAGGACCCCGACCGGUCUAGGCGCGCAUGCAUACAGCUGCAUCUCCCUAUGCGUCUCGGAGGGUUCGGGAUCCGGGCGGCGGCCUCUUUGAGCCCACUGUCCUAUGUUUGUGGGUGGGCGCAGGCCGCGCGUGACAUUGCACAGUUAGGGGUGGCGGGUGAGGAGGCGAUGUUUGCAGAGUACCUCACCACUUCGACAGGGGCAGAGUUUCUUGACCCGUGGUUUGUCAAGGCUCUCGAGCAGCUGCUAGCGGCUAUCUGCCACGAGAUACAGGGCUUACCUCUGUGUGUAGCGGCCCCUCCUGUUUGGCUUUUCCAGGCGUGUCAGCGGCAGUUAGCUGUAGAGGAGCUCCAGGCACUGCGCCGCUUGGCUCGUGACGAUGCUACCUUGGCCCGUUUCACAUCCCUUCAGGGCCCGGGGGCAGGUGCAUGGGUUUCGACGGUUCUGGCUCACUCAGAUCUCACAUUCACUGCGGCUGAGUGGGGCAUUGCUGCUGCUAUACGGCUCGGCCUCCCAAUUCAGCAGCUGCAGGUGGCGGGGAGGUGUGUUUGUGGCACAACGUAUUUUGACCCAGCAGACCCACACCAUGCCCUGAGAUGCAGGCACCAGCAUGGUCCUUCUCGGGUGCAUGAUGAGGUGAAGUUUGCGGUGGCGAAGAUCUCUAAGGCGUCGGGUGGGGUGGUGACAUUGGAGGAUAGUGUGGUGCUGCAAGGGAAGCGGGUUGAUGUGGCGGUGCGACGUCCAAUGGCUGGAGAGGCUCACGCCCUAGAGAUCAGCGUCGCGGACCCGCUAUCGCUGUCUCCAUCACUGCUGGGACAGUGCGGGCGUCAAAUAGGUGUGGCGGCAAGGGAAUGGGAGCGUCGCAAAACGAGUGAUUACGCACCUCUGCUUGCACGCAACCGGGGCGUGCAGUUCACCCCUUUGAUAGUUGAGACGUGGGGGUGUCUCGGCGGUCGUUUUCAGCGGUGGCUUCGUCAGCAGGGGGAUGUGCAUGUGGGGCUAGCCGUGUCGCGGGGGGCUUGUCGAGAGGACGACUCUGUGCUUUCGGCUUAUCUUUUAGGGUCAGUGAAGGCGCUCAUCGGGGUGGCGUUACAACGUGCGCAAGCUCGUGUCAUCCUGCUUCCAGCGGCGUCUUCCAUGGGGUGGAUUAACGUAGAUUUGGCGGAUCGGGAGAGGGACGAUGUCGAUGUGGAAGGCGGGGCUCUCUGGGUGGAGGCCCCGUACAUGACACACAUGGUGUGA